AGAUAUCGAUAUCCGUGGAUGGUAGUAUUCUACGCAUCUGGCGUCGAACCCGAUGAUGCUUUGCGUUUCGCAGCGUCCUUGAAUAUGCCCUACACUUAAGGCUAACACGGCUUCUGAUUCAUCUUGUCAUCCGGGAGCCCUCGAGGAAGUACGUAGCAAACAGCAGUAAUAAGGAAAAGUAAUAUAUAAGUAGAAGGCUUCUAGGAGAGAUAAUUCAAAUUUCCCUCGAUAGUUCGGAGAUUGUUCGUAGUCUCUAUAAUUCGCAAAAUAAUUCAAAUAGCCGAGUGCAUUCUCCUGAAAUAUCGCCCCUUAAGAUGUAAUACUGUACUCCAGCCAUCUCUAACGUACUGGCCCCAGCGUGGAUAGAACGUACGUAGAUAUCUGGCAAAAAGGGUCGGGCUUGCGGCAAGGGAAUACGCGUGGCAUACAGCAGUUCUUAAGAUGUAGACUUCAUCCGUUGUUACAACAUGAACAUGAUAUUCAACACCAGGAUUAGACACUUAUUUUCAGGAAAAGCAGGUUUCCAAGUAGCAGUACAAGAAAUAGUUUUUGGAGAAUCUUCUACUUGAACAUUUCUAUCGUGAUGUAUAGUGUAUGCACGCAGGUGAUUUAUUUGCUCAACAGAGGAAGUAAACGAGCAUGACGUUAGCAUUUUAUGAAAAGUUCUAAAGUAAAACUCAGCGGGAGCUCCGGCCUCGGCGGGAUCGGGCCCUGCAACAAACAAGUCAGCUGUUCCUACUACUACGAGCAAUACUGUUCCUCCGCUGUCUAGCCGUGGGGGCGGUGGUGCUGGCGCGGCUUCCUCCUCUUCAUCCAUGUCAGCGUCUCAGCUUGCAGACGCGUACAAGCGCCUGCCUGAGGGCAACGGCGCUGAAAAUGCUUCGAAAAGACAAAAAUAUUAGAUUAGAGAUGUUUAUUAAAUGUCUACAGGUGCAUCCUGGUUACAGUAAAAGUUGACGA